CUAAUUAUAAGAAAUAUGGUUCUGGAUUAUUUAACCUCCAAGCUUCAAUUAUUCCUACAGGAAUAUCUUAACCCCUUAAUAAUGGUUUGUCUUUGAAUCUUCAACCCGAUUGGUUCAAUCAUAAUAGCUUUCAAGAAUAGAGAAGAGUUCACUCUUUAUGGAUCAUGGGCAGCAGUAACUAUAUAGUUGUCCAUAUAUGAGCAUACACAUGGCAAAUGACGAAGCCUGUAACAGACCACCCUAACUGAGUAAGGAGACUCAUUCGCAAAACAUUUCAUGAAAACAUAUGGAAAUUUAUCCUCUGUAGGCACCUAUACAAGAGAAAUAUUCAAGAUUUCUGUGCUAUAUGGGCAGGCUUUUUCUGCCUAAUUGUCUGAUACACAUUAUUCACCGGUAUGUACUUGCUAGGAAAAGUAAACUCUGAUAAAGAUGAAGACAAGGAAACUCUAAUUCUUCUCACAGUAGUAGUGAUCAACAGCACCUACGUCUGUAUCGCAUGUAUGGCCCUAGAAGUACUCAUAAUGUUAAUCGUGAUGAUAUUCUUAACAAUAGCAAUCUUCUUCUGCUUCUUAAGCGUAUUUUGCCCAAGAUGUCUCGCCUGGAGGCCCAACAGAGAUAAUGAUCGUGUUGACAGGCAAUAUUUCCUCGGAAUUGUCAACGGUGUAGGCAACUGGGAGCAUAUCCUUCAGUAUAUUUACAAAUACAAACGGAGACAUUUUAAGAAAGAUAGAUAUAAGUGACCUCAAGAAGAUGGCAAAAUUGCUGAAGAAAGUAAGCAUGAGUCUUCCUUCAGUAAUCAAGAGAUUGUGAAGCAUCGAACUGGUUUUGAUGAGAAUUCCAAGAAGCAAUCGAAGAGCAGAAGGAAAAUGUCACCGAAAGUUGUCCCUUUGAAAGAAACCUCUAUAGAACAUAAAUAUUUAACACAGAAAAAGGGCAAGAAAUCUAAAAAGAAAAUCAUAGAAGAUGACUCUUCAGUCAUAUGUACUAUCUGUCAGAUAGAAUUUGAGGAACACGAGCUUGUAUGUGAGCUCGACUGUGGAAAACUCCAUAUUUUUCAUGGCGAUUGCUUGAAAGAGUGGUUCAAAGUUAAGAUGUCUUGUCCCACUUGUAGAGCAGAUUUAAAUAAUCUCUACAAGCCAGCAAUAGAUGAUAAAAAGGAUGUCCCAAUUAUAGAGCCUGAACAAGUCAGGGAUCUUUACGCUGAAGAUAUCCUCGAACUUCAAAGAAAAAUGGCAGUAGUGAUCAACGACCUUGAAGACAUUGAUGAUGAAAACUUCGAUAGUGCUGAAUUUAUAUCAAACCCGGAUGUUCAUCUCGAGAGAAAUGAGGAAGGGAAAUUAAGCCUAGAAGAGGAGAAGCAGCCUCCACUUGUUUCGACAGAUAACAAUGAAAGCCCAGAUAGGCCAGAUUUGGCACAUCAUAGUAGAAGAUAUGAUGAUAGCGACUUAAUGAGCUCACAUAGACCUCAGGAGAUUGCAAGAGGUACCCAAAGCGUAAGGGAAAGUUGAGAGUCAGAAGGAAGGUCAGUAAGAAUGGAAAACAAUGCCCCACCUGUGCCAGUUCAAGCUCCAAGUUUAAACUUCUCAAUCAAUGAAGCUCAUGUAUAAUCUUCAUAGAGUACAUAAUAUUAAUAUUUUCAAUCUGAAACCAU